CACAAAAUCUGUUACUUUGGCACUGUAAGUUUUCCCUGUAUGUGUAUAUACGUUACAAAAUAUUUGAUUUUCCGGUUAAUUUCCAAAUUUCCCAGUUGGGUUUUGCACCUCAUGUCUGUUGAAAAGUUUCUAUCUUUCAUGGACCUCUCAAAGCUCUGCUCUGCAAAUUCCAGAGCUUUUGUUCUCAGAAAGCUAGGAGUUUUGCUUCUCCUAGCUGUUUUCACCAAACCCUUUUCUGGGUUGCCUUCUCCUUGCUUUGCUCUCACUGCUUGUGGGAAUUUUUUAAUCCAAUAAAAUCACCCCCUUUUUAUUUUUGCUUCAAGUUACAACUCAUUAAUACGGUGAUUAAUUUAUUCCUUUAAUUGUUGUGAUUGUUAUUAUUUUAUUGCUCUCUAAUUACUUCUUACUCUGGAGGAGUUCUUUGGGUGUGGAGAUUUUGAGAUUUGGUGAUGAUGCCAGCCAUUCUCCAGCUGGUGAAUCUCUGUGUCAUUGGCUUUGCUUUUGCUCUCCAAGGAUCUGCAGGGUUAAAUAUAUCACCAUCACCAGAACCUCUCUCCGUGAAUCCUCCUGUUGAAACAGCUCCCCCUCCUCUUCCCAACAGAAAGCCAUUCACAAGCAAUGCCCCAAUCCCCGGUUUACAGCCAAAUGGGUCCAAUUUACACCCAUCACCCAAAAAGCCACCUCUUAUGUCCACCCCACUGCCCCCAAAUAAUGCUCCUCCGCCACCAAAUGUUGAAGAUCAAGUCCCGUCUGUGCCACCAAAAGAUGCUCCUCCACCACUAGGCAUUGAAGUUCAUGUACCGUAUGCGCUACCAAAUAAUGCCCCUCCAUCACCAACUGUUGGAGGUCAAGUACCACCUAGGACACCAAAUAAUGCUCCACCACCACUAAGUAUUGAAGUUCAUACACCUUCUGCCCUACCCAAUAAUGCUUCCUCACCACCAACUGUUGAAGGUCAUGCAGCAUCUAUGCCACCAACUAAUUCUCCACCACCACCAAGUGUUGAAGAUCAUGCACCGCCUAUGCUACCAAAUAAUGCUCCUCCUCCUCCAAGUGUUGAAGGUCAUGUACCGUCUAUGCCACCAACUAAUGCUCCUCCACCACCGAGUGUUGAAGGUCAUGUACAGCCUGUGCCGCCAAAUAAUGCUCCUCCACCACUAAGCAUUGAAGUUCAGGUGCCGUCUGCACCACCAAAUGAUGCUCCUCCACCACCAAGUGUUAAAGGUCAUGUACCAUCUACACCACAAAAUAAUGCUCCUCCACCAUUAAGUAUUGAAGUUCAUGUGCCAUCUGCACCACCAAAUAAUGCUCCUCCACCACCAAGUGUUAAAGAUCAGGUACCAUCUACGCCACCAACUAAUGCCCCACCACCACCAAGUGUUGGUCAUGUACCGUCUAUGCCACCGACUGUUCCUCAAACAAAGCCAGCGAUCAAUAAGAGUCCUAGCUCAGUGCCAAUUGCUCCAGUCCCUGUUGAAAUACCUUCGAGGAAUUUGCCACAAAUUUCACCGGCCAUGCAUGCAAGUACACCAGAAACUUCGCCAUUUGCUCAUCAAAGACAUGUGCCAAACAAUAAGGUUCCCAUACCACAGCCAAUUGCUCCAGCACCUAUUUCAUCCCUGCCGAGGACAUUGGGACCAAAUCCACCUUUAGUCCAUCCGAUCACACCAAAUGUACCACCACCUACAUUACCUGCACCAGUUGCAUCACCAACUAGCAAUUUGCCACUAAAUCCGCCAUCCGUUCACCCAGUUACACCUGGAGAAUCACCAUCCACUUUUCCUGAUCCUCCUGUAUCAUCUAUUCCACCCAGCAUCAACGGGAAAAGGGGUCGUUUUCCAGUUGUUGCACCGCCAUAUGAAGCUCCCAAGCCAUCACUACCUGUGGACCGCACCCCAGCUGAAGCUCCAUCUGUCCACAAACCUGUGGUAUCAUCUCAUCCCCCGGUUGGAUCAGCAUAUGAAGCUCCCAGGCCGUCACUACCCAAGGUCCAUACUCCAGCUGAAGGUCCAGUGAUGCCACCGGUAUCAUUUAGAACAGGCAGGCAAAGACACUAUGCUCCUCCACCCCUAAAUCCAGGGUCUUCGGUUCCUCCAUCCCAUUUACCUGAAGCUCCGUCAGUGAGCCAUGUUUCGCCUGUUCCUUCUCCAUCUUUAGAAGGCGCUACUCACGAAACCAAAUUGCACCCUAAGAUUUCUCCAUCUGGGUCUUUGGCAAAGAGCCCAAAAGCACCACCACCGCUGCAACUAGUAUUCCCACCGCCACCUCCCAAUCAAGAUUGUUCAUCAACUAUUUGCACUGAUCCAUAUACAAAUACUCCUCCUGGGUCACCUUGUGGCUGUGUCUUGCCUCUGCAAGUUGGACUGCGACUUAGUGUUGCACUGUAUACGUUCUUCCCCUUGGUUUCAGAACUAGCCCAGGAAAUUGCUGUUGGGGUUUUUAUGCAACAAAGUCAGGUCCGCAUUAUUGGAGCCAAUGCAGCUACCCAGCAACCAGACAAGACAGUUGCCCUCAUUGACUUGGUUCCCCUUGGGGAAAAGUUUGAUAACACCACAGCUUUUUUGACUUCCCAGAGAUUUUGGCAUAAACAAGUUGUUAUAAAAGCAUCGUGUUUUGGCGACUAUGAAGUACUAUAUGUGCGGUAUCCAGGUUUACCCCCGUCUCCACCUUCUUCGGAUGCUGAUGCAAUGAAUGCGGGGCCAUAUCCUGUUAAUGACAAUAAUGGAAGGACAAUGAAGCCCCUCGGGGUUUACAUGGACAAGAGGAAGAAUAAAAAUGGGCUUAGUGGUGGGGUAAUUGCUAUUAUUGCUUUGUCUUCCUUUGUAGCAGUUGCUUUAUGCUCUGCUGCUGCUUGGGUUUUUCUGUUCAAACCUAGAGACUGUGCUUCUCAACCAGCAGCAACUCCGCGGGCUUUGCUACCUUCUUCUGAAAAACCAUCUGGUACUGCUGGGUCGAUGAUGGAAAGUAGGCACAGUUCCUUGUCGUUAUCAUUCGGAUCCAGCAUUGCACCAUAUACAGGAUCUGCUAAUACUUUCAGUGCGAGUGACAUUGAGAGAGCCACUAACAAUUAUGACGAUUCAAGAGUACUUGGGGAAGGUGGCUUUGGGCGUGUUUAUAGUGGUGUUCUUGAAGACGGGACCAAGAUUGCUGUCAAAGUUCUAAAAAGAGAUGAUCAGCAGGGUGGUCGGGAGUUUUUGGCUGAAGUAGAGAUGCUUAGUCGUCUUCAUCAUCGAAACUUGGUCAAGUUGAUUGGCAUAUGCACAGAAGAGCAUAGCCGCUCCUUGGUUUAUGAACUCAUUCCUAAUGGCAGUGUGGAAUCUCAUUUGCAUGGAAUUGACAAGGACAGUGCUCCACUUAAUUGGGUACAACGCAUGAAAAUAGCACUUGGUGCUGCUAGGGGGCUGGCAUAUCUACACGAGGAUUCCAGCCCCCGUGUAAUACACAGGGAUUUCAAAGCCAGCAAUAUUUUGCUGGAAGAUGAUUUUACACCAAAAGUGUCUGACUUUGGUUUGGCGCGAACUGCCAUGGAUGAGGAAAACAGACACAUAUCAACACGGGUCAUGGGAACUUUCGGGUAUGUGGCUCCGGAAUAUGCAAUGACUGGGCAUCUUCUUGUCAAGAGUGAUGUAUAUAGCUAUGGCGUUGUCCUUCUUGAACUCUUAACUGGAAGAAAACCGGUAGACAUGUCACAGCCACCUGGUGAAGAAAACCUAGUUGCAUGGGCCCGGCCGCUUCUCACAUGUAAAGAAGGGUUGGAAGCAAUCAUAGACCCAAAUCUAGGAUCCGUGGUCCCAUUUGAAAGUAUUGCCAAAGUGGCAGCUAUUGCUUCGAUGUGUGUACAGCCAGAGGUAUCACACCGCCCUUUUAUGGGCGAGGUUGUCCAGGCCUUAAAACUGGUAUGCAAUGAGUUCGAUGAGGCGAAAGAAUUAGGUUCAAGGAGUUCUAGCCAAGACGAUGUGUCCAUUGAUGUGGCUGAUGACACAAAUACUACCUCGGGACAGUUGCCAGAUACUUUCCAAAACCGAUAUUCCAUGCUGACCUAUGAUUCCGACCUUGAGACAGAGCGGGAAGCAUCAUUGUUGAGGAUGCUCAGUACCUCAAUGAGCACAGGGAGGCAAGAUACUGACUCGUUUAGGAGGCACUCCAGUUCAGGUCCUUUGGGAACAGGAAGGAGUAAGCAGUUCUGGGAGAAACUGAGAUCAUCCGGGGGCAGUGUGAGCGAACAUGGGUUUAUGUUCAAAUUAUUUCAAGGCUCCCCCCAUUGAACGCCUACUUACAAGUUUACAAUGUUCGGUUUCUUGCUUGAUUCCUAAAUCUCAGAUCACCACGCAAGAAGCGCCCAUUUGCAGAACGCCAUUACGACAAGAAGUCUGCUGCGCAUGGGAACUCGGACAUGGGCAAAGUUGUGCAGAUGUGUAGAACUGGAAUGGAUGGAGGUACGAAUUCGGAUCAACCUUAAUAAACGUCGAAACGGUAACUGGAGCUUAAGUAUAUAUGAGUAGGUUAAGUGUGAUUAACCUACUGAAUUGUCAGAGUUGAAGCAUCAAAAGUUUUGGACCAAAGGCUGCUGGAAAUCAAUUUUUUUUAAAUUUGUAAAUUCUCUGUGAUAUUUGUGUAUUAUUCAGAGAAAAGGACGCUCUUUGUUACCAACAAUGUAGAGAACAUUUUGUGCCAUGAAAUUAAUCCAUCUGUUCCCUUCUCUUCCA